AACUUGAAGCUCUAGCAGGGUGCUGAGUAGCUCCAGCUACAUGACACGGGGCUGUGAAAGUAAAUCACUUUGCUGCGAACAAGGGGAAGUCCAGCACAUUGUUUUGCAGACUUUGGCUACAGCUUCUUUGCAGUAUAAGCAUAGAAUAUAUACACCCGGGAAAGCAAUCAGAGCAAGAUGGACUUCCAGCGCAGAGCUCAGCCAUACCCCAUCCCAGAAGAUGAAGAGAUUGCAUACAAGGUCGCUCCUGAUGCUCACAACUCUGCAGGAAAUGAAGGCGAGAAACCAGUGUCAAAAUUGCAACGUAGGCACAGUGAAAUAAAACUCUACAAAGAAUUUUGUGACUUUUAUGCAAGAUUCAACAUGGCGAACGCGCUUGCAAAUGCCAUCUGCGAGCGCUGCAGGGGGGGCUUCGCCCCUGCCGAGAAAAUUGUCAACAGCAAUGGUGAGCUGUACCACGAGCAGUGCUUCGUCUGCGCCCAGUGCUUUCAGCAGUUCCCCGAAGGGCUCUUCUAUGAGUUUGAAGGGAGGAAAUACUGUGAACAUGAUUUUCAAAUGCUUUUUGCCCCUUGCUGCCAUCAAUGUGGUGAGUUCAUUAUUGGUCGUGUUAUUAAAGCCAUGAACAAUAGCUGGCAUCCAGAGUGCUUCUGCUGUGAUAUCUGCCAAAAAGUAUUGGCUGAUAUUGGAUUUGUCAAGAAUGCUGGCAGACACCUCUGCCGUCCUUGCCAUAACAGGGAAAAAGCCAGAGGCCUGGGAAAGUACAUUUGCCAGAAGUGUCAUGCCAUUAUUGAUGAACAGCCUCUCAUAUUCAAAAAUGAUCCUUAUCACCCUGAUCAUUUCAACUGUGCAAACUGCGGGAAGGAACUUACUGCUGAUGCUCGUGAGCUGAAAGGAGAACUCUACUGCUUACCCUGCCAUGACAAAAUGGGUGUCCCCAUCUGUGGGGCAUGUAGGAGACCAAUUGAAGGCCGUGUGGUGAAUGCUAUGGGCAAACAAUGGCAUGUGGAGCAUUUUGUUUGUGCAAAAUGUGAAAAGCCAUUCCUGGGUCAUCGUCACUAUGAGAGAAAAGGCUUGGCGUAUUGUGAAACCCACUACAAUCAGCUAUUUGGUGAUGUUUGUUUCCAUUGCAACCGUGUGAUUGAAGGAGAUGUUGUGUCUGCCCUGAAUAAAGCAUGGUGUGUGAACUGUUUCGCUUGUUCAACUUGCAACACUAAGCUAACCCUCAAGGAUAAGUUUGUUGAAAUUGAUCUAAAACCUGUCUGCAAACACUGUUAUGAGAAAAUGCCAGAUGAAUUUAAGCGACGACUUGCCAAACGGGAACGUGAAGCAAAGGAUAAAGACAAGCAGAAAAAGAAAAAGCCAAUCUGUUUGUAAACUUCUUUUCCUUCUCACCGCCAUCUCGGCUCCUUUCUUCUUUGGAAUAAAUUUGUUGAGUUUGAUAUGAAGCCUGUCUGCAAAAAGUGUUAUGAGAAGUUUCCUCUAGAGCUGAAGAAAAGACUGAAGAAAUUAGCUGAAACUUUGGGAAGGAAGUAAAGACUUCAUCUGCUCUCCUCUUCCUUUAUGAAAAUCUUAUAGAUACUACUUGGGAGGGGAAGGGGGAGUUGCUGCUUGGAGGCUGCAGUCAGACAACAAAUGCUGAUGUGUGCCUUCUGUCAACACAAAAUAUAUUAAGAUUCUCUGUUCUCUAUAUGUGUAUGCUUAGUUGUUGAAAAACAGACCAUAUUUUCAAAAUAAAUACCAGCUCACCUGAAAGGUUUCUGACCAAUAAUGCCAUUGUACUGAUGCAGGUGGCCCAUUCUGUACACUAAUUCUCUGUGGAACUUUUGAGAGAGAGAAAAUUUGCUUGUGAACACCACCUGUGAAAACAAGCUUCACAAAUGUGCCCAACUUUAGGGACGUGUAUUGUCAUUUAUGUUAGUGAAAAUAUUUACCUUCUUAUUAAGCAUGCAGACAAAACUUGUCCAGUUCAAGUGAUUUGGGCAGGAAACCAGUAUACUUUGCCUCACGGAAAAAUUCUUGGAUUUCAGGCCGAGUCAUCUCAUUAAGGAGCCUUGUCUCAGAUGGUUUAAAAACUAUCAGAUUUCUAAAUACAGCCACUGUACAAAUUACAUACAUAAAAUUAUAGAAAUUAUAGAUUAUGGUUACAUGAUGAAUGUUUCUACAUCAGGCUUAGCAUGAGAUACUUAUAUAAAAAAAUGUAUUCCUAUUGCAAGAAAUGAGCAUACUCAGAACUACUUGAAUUUUGCUCUAUUCCACUUAAAAUAACACAUUAUCUUCUAUAUAUGCUUUUGCAUUCUAUUUACUUUUUGUGCCUUAUUCUGCUGGACCAUACAUAACAGUAUACCAUUAAAUAUAUAUAGUUUUAUAUUUUAUUUCAUAUUUUUAUGCAAAAACUAUAUAGAAGGUAUUUUCAGAAGAUAGCAUACUUUGCCUUAAUUAUACAGGAUGCAAGAAGUAUUUUAUUUGAAAUGUGAACAUCUGCAUUUAAAAUUUAGCUUCUAGACUUCAUAGAUUUUCAGAACAAUACUGAAAACGCGUAUUUCAAUUAACUGGCAAUAUUACUUUUACACCUCUGAGUGUAAAUAUGCAAGGUUUGAUCCUGCUAGGAUCUACUUCUUUAGCCAUCCUCAAGGACUGAGCUUAGAAAUAAUCAAAAUUCUUUAUAGCAUACAUUUAAUUGUUUUAUACCAUUGAGUUCUGUCCAUGCAAAUUUGUUUUAUUUUUCCCUUUCUUAUAGAAAAUGCAGCUACUUAGGUCUUCUUGAUGGUACGAAGUUUUUUUUGUUUUGUGGGUUUUUUAAAUUUUUGUACAUUAGUGACUUAAACAGAUAAAGUGUAUUACUUUAAAACAUCUGCUUUCCUGUGUCAUCAAUAAAGGCCAUGUUAUUCAA